AAACUUACCAUUCACAUGCGAGUUCACACUGGAGAAAAACCCUAUGAGUGUAAUAAAUGUGGGAAAGCCUUCACUGAUUCUUCAGGUCUUACAAAGCACGGAAGAACUCAUACUGGAGAAAAGCCUUAUGACUGUAAGGAAUGUGGAAAAGCCUUUGCUAGCUCUUCACAUCUUACUGUACAUAUGAGAACUCACACUGGUCAGAAGCCUUAUCAAUGUAAGGAAUGUGGGAAAGCCUUUAGAUACUCCUCACACCUUAGUCAACACAAAAGAACACACACUGAAGAGAGACCAUAUAAAUGUAAAAACUGUGGGUGAGCCUUCACUAUUUCAUCAGGACUUACAGUGCACAUGAGAACUCACACUGGUGAACGGCCCUAUGAAUGUCAGGAAUGUGGGAAAGCCUUUACUCGAUCCACAUAUCUUAUUCGACAUUUAAGAGCUCACAGUGGGAGAAGCCAUAUAUAAAAAAGUGUGGAAAACCUUCAGUAAUUCCUCAUGCCUUACUGAAUGUGUAAGAAUUCACACUUG